AUGAUCUCACAUGGGAACCGUCUCUUCCUGCGCCGCCUCCUCCGCUCUCGAACCACAAAGAUCCUCCUCGUCCUUCUCGUCGUCGUCAACAUCCUCGACGUCCUCCGAAUCCACCGAAACAUCCUCGAUGCCGACCGCACGCCCACCCCCAAGCUCUCGCAGCCCGCAGAGCGCAUCUACAUUGCGAGCAUGCACUUUAACAACGAGGACAUUCUGAAGAAGCAUUGGAAUAAUGCCGUCAUAGAGCUUGCAAAGACGCUGCAUCCUGAGAAUGUCUUUGUGAGCGUCUACGAGAGCGGGAGCUGGGAUAAUAGCAAGGCCGAGCUGCUCAAGCUCGACAAAGAGCUGGAACGACUGGGCGUACCGCAUCGCGUGGAGGUGUCAGAUGUCACGCACGAGAACGAACUCAACGCCGAGAAUAAAGAUGAGGGGUGGAUUGACACUGCGAGGGGGAAGAGGGAGCUGAGGAGGAUACCAUACCUUGCCAAGCUGAGGAACAAGACGCUCCGUGACCUGCUUGAACUGCACAAGAAGGGCACGCGCUUUGACAAGGUCCUCUUCCUCAACGACGUGGUCUUUACGACCGACGACGUCCUCAAGCUUCUCGACACCAAUGGGGGCGACUACGCUGCUGCUUGCUCCCUCGACUUUUCCAAACCACCGAGUUACUACGACACAUUUGCUCUAAGAGAUGCUGCCGGCCAGUCACAUACCACACAGUCAUGGCCCUACUUCAAAAGCAGCGCAUCGAGGAACGCUCUGGUUAAUCAUCUAGACGCCGUGCCAGUGACGAGCUGCUGGAACGGGAUUGUCGUUAUGCCUGCCGAACCCUUUGUUUCGUCCUCCAAGCUCCGUUUCCGUGGAGUUGCAGACUCACUUGCUGAGCAUCACCUCGAAGGAUCCGAGUGCUGCCUCAUCCACGCUGACAACCCACUCUCAAAGACUCGCGGCGUCUACCUUAACCCCCGUGUGCGAGUGGGCUACAACAUGGCCGCCUACCAGGCCGUGCACCCCGAAGAAGGAGCCUGGGUGUCAGUAUGGGACAUCUUUUCCGGCCUCUGGAUCAACCGGCUAAAGCGCUGGACGGUGGUGACGUUUGAGAAGUGGGUGGUGAGGAGACGUAUCACAAAAUGGGAGAAGGAGGGCCUGGGAAGAAGGGAGCCGGGUGAGUUUUGCUUGAUUAACGAGAUGCAGGUUCUUGUAGCCCGUGGUUGGGCACAUGUAUGA